AUGAGAGAUCUCGCGUCCUGCCUCAGCCAAACCGGCGUUCAAGUCGCCCACCCCUCCUCCUCAAGCGCCCAGAGCAUGGUGCAGUGCGCCUACCUGGCCCGCCUGCGCGGCAAAUCCUGCAGGGUCACCGUCACCUGGAGCAAGGCGGCCAUGGGGCAGGCUCUGGCCAUCGCCGUCCACGAUCCCUCGGGCCGUUGCCUCUGCAAGACAGAGAUAAAGCCAUGGCUCUUCUCCAAGCGGAAGGGCUCCAAGGCCAUGGAGGUGGACGGCGGCGCGCUGGACAUCCUCUGGGACCUCUCCUCGGCCAAGUUUGCGGGUGGGCCGGAGCCUGUCCAAGGAUACUAUGUUGCUCUCAUCUUUGAUCUCGAGGCUGUCCUUGUGCUCGGGGACAUGCCCAGGGUGGGGGAUCACAAGGCGUCUUCGGAUGCUUUACCUUGUGAUGCAGCCAUGAUAGCCAGGAAGGAGCACACGUACGGGAAGAAGGUGUACUGCACAAAGGCUCGGUUUUCGGACAUUGGUCAGCAUCAUCAUAUCACCAUAGAAUGUGACACGUCGGGGACGAAGGAUCCAAGCCUGGAGAUCAGGAUUGGGAAGAAGAGAGUGCUGCAGGUAAAGAGGCUUGCAUGGAACUUCAGAGGAAACCAGAUGUUCUAUGUUGAUGGCCUGCCCGUGGAGGUGCUCUGGGAUGUGCACGAUUGGCUAUUUGGUUCGUCGAAUGGAUGCGCUGUGUUCUUGUUUCAGUCAGGCCGAUCCAUGGAGAAAUUUUUGGCAAGGUCUUGCUCACAGGAUGAAAAGGAGCGUCAAGUGCAUCGGUUUGGUUUUACUUUGCUACUUCAUGCAUGGAAGGUUUAG